UUUUGCGAAAGUCAAAACACCAAAACAUAAGCUACCUCGUCGAAUGGGAUAUGAAAUUAGCUAACAAUUACCUUUUUAAACGGCAUAUCGUUGUAUCACGUGAACAUGUUUUGAGAACAAGCUUUUAGCAUAUGCACAGUCUUUUUACUAUGAGAAAAGAGUUAACCAAGUAUCCAUAGCGUCUGAAGUGUUUCCUCCUGUACUGGAUUUCUUUGUCGCCAUUACAAGUACUAGCUAACACCGCGCAGGUAUUAAACUUUGAAUAACGUCAGGUAGCUAGCUAAAUAUAAAGAUAGUUUAUUUGGGCGGACACCACAGACAUGACUUCCCGCAUAUGCAAGAACUGUGGUUGUUCCGAGAUCGACCUCGAUCAGGCUCGGGGCAAUGCAGUAUGCACGAACUGUGGGUCUGUGCUGGAGGACAACAUCAUCGUGUCCGAGGUGCAAUUCGUGGAGGGCAGUGGUGGGAUUUCGUCAGCUGUGGGGCAAUUCGUCUCAGCAGAUGGUCCAGUGAAAGCCCCAGUCCUGGGUACUGGGUUCCACACCAGCCUUGGAAAAGAGUCCCGUGCUCAGACGCUGCAGAACGGAAAGCGGCAGAUCCACAACCUGGGCAGCCAGCUGCAGCUCAACCAGCACUGCUUGGACACGGCCUUCAACUUCUUUAAGAUGGUGGUGAGCAAGCACCUGACGCGCGGACGCAAGAUGGCGCAUGUCAUUGCCGCCUGCCUCUACUUGGUCUGCCGGACUGAGGGCACGCCCCACAUGCUUCUGGACCUGAGUGAUCUCCUACAGGUGAACGUGUACAUCCUAGGGAAGACCUUCCUCCUGCUGGCUCGAGAGCUCUGCAUCAACUCCCCAGCAAUAGACCCUUGCCUGUACAUCCCUCGUUUCGCCCACAUGCUGGAAUUUGGGGAGAAGACCCAUGAGGUGUCCAUGACUGCACUGCGCCUACUACAGAGGAUGAAGAGGGACUGGAUGCACACGGGACGCAGGCCCUCUGGGCUGUGUGGGGCAGCGCUGCUGGUGGCUGCCCGGAUGCACGAGUUCCGCCGCACCGUCAAGGACGUGAUCGGAGUGGUGAAAGUGUGCGAGGCCACACUGAGGAAAAGAUUGACAGAGUUCGAGGACACUCCCACCAGUCAGCUGACCAUCGAUGAGUUCAUGCGGGUGGAUCUGGAGCAGGAGUGUGACCCACCCUCUUUCACUGCUGGACAGAGGAAGGUCAAGAUGCAAGCGCUUGAACAAGAGUUAGCCAAAAAGCUGGAUGAAGUUCAAGGUGAAAUCAGUUUGUAUCGAGACGAGAUCGAGACGGAGCUGGAAAACAGCAGGCCAAAGCUCAGAGGGAUCUACGCUGCCUAUGCCAAAGAAAUAGACCCGCUGGACGAGGUGCUUUCUCAGGCCUCGUGCUCCAGCCCCAGGGAGGUGGACCCCGAGGAGGACGAGGAGCUGGAGGCAGUUGCCCAACACCUGAACCAGGACUUCCUCUGCCAGGUCAUCCAGGGGGAACAGCAAGGGGACGAAAGAGGGGGAGAAGGAGUGACAGAGGAGGCAGCCCCUCCACAUCCACCACCCAGAGGAGGGCCCUCCCUAGCUUCCAUCCUGGGUCCCUUGCCUAGCGCGGCUAGCCUGGGGCUCAGUGAGUCCAUCCAUGAGUGCAUCGCAGAGGACAAGGACAGUGAUGGCAAGUCGGAGAGCGGGGAAUUGGACCUGGACGGCAUCGACGAUAAUGAAAUUGAGAGGUAUAUCCUCAACGACAAAGAAGUGAGAGUUAAGACGGCCCUGUGGAUGAAGCAGAAUGAGGAAUAUCUGAGGGAGCAGAAAGAAAAGGAGGAGAGGAUAACUAAAGAGAAAGAGCAAGGGACCUACAAGGAAAAGCCCAAGAAAACGUCCAAGAAGCGGGAGCCCAUCCGUGCCAGUACGGCGGGCGAGGCCAUCGAGAAGAUGCUGGAGCAGAAGAAGAUCUCCAGCAAGAUCAACUACGACGUGCUGCGUGACCUUAACAGCAAGGGUGGCAGCGGCAACAGCAGCCCUGCCCAGCCAACCUCCACGGAAGAGCCACCCAGUGGCCCCCCUGGGCGGAAGAGGCUGACCCGCCGCAAGAAGCAGCCCAACAAGACCAAUAUGGGCCUGGCCACCACCAUCAUGGGCAAGAGACUCCGUCCACUUAUAUCCUCUGCAACCAAGAAGAAGAGAGCCGCUUCACAGGUGACCCCUAACCUGACCCCGGCUGCAACCCCUGUUCUGCCCAACUUGUCCAGCCCGCCUACCCCCAACCCGGCCCCUCCAGGACCCACUAUGGUGGAGAGUGGCCCGGUGGCCUAUGACGAAGUGGCAGAGGAUGAAGAGGAGGAAGAAGUGGAGGAGCCCUGUGUCAGUGCGUUGCAGCUCCUGGGAGGAAACGAGUACGGCUGUGAGGCUGAAGAGGAAGAGGUUUUCUAGGCUCGAUUUUUCCUCUUCUUUCAUCAAAUACUGCGGAUUCCCCAAAAUAGUUGUCUCACCAUUGACCUCUUUGAGCGGGGGACAGUCACCAGAGGAAGGGAGGAGAGGAAAAGGACAUCCACUGUUCAGAUAAACUGCUAAGGUGAACAUGGAGUGUGGCUGGGUGUGGGGAGAGCUACGGGGUAUGCAAGCUUUUAUUCCAGCCUUGCUCAAACACACCUGAUUCAGCCAAUCAAUGUCAUGAUCAGGAGUUGGUUAGUAGAAUCAGGUGUGUUCCUGCACAACCAGUCGCUCUCUAUGAGGAGGGUUGGCCAUCCCCUGUCUUCUAGAAAGACAGGGGUACCAUUUUGGGGUUGGGAACUCUGGAGUGCAUUAGCAAAUGAUACAUAUAUACGCGAAGCAGUGAAGUUAAAGCAGUGCAGGGUAUAUGCAGAUUGCAAGUGACUGGCUUCAGUGAAUGGCUUCACUUUAUCUUCAAUGGCUACAAUGUGGCUAUACCUCUUUAGCCAUCUUGAAGUGUAGGGUGAAAUUUCCUCUAGAUGCUGAUCUUGAAUCAGUUUUGCCAGUAAUGAAGGUUAGAAUUUGGGGGGGGGACGCUGAUCCUGUGCUUUUUUUCCUUUCCUUUUGAAAAAUAUUUUUCACAAAUAUCCACAAUCCUCGGUCACCUACUUUUCUAUUGUUACAGAGUUCACACUGACCCGUCUGUCCACUCAAUGAGCAGUCGGCGAGAACAGCUAGGUCGUGCCAGUUCACUGGUACUGCAAUGGGCCUUUUGUCAUUGCCGCAUUGCAUUAUGCUCUGUAGAGAGGGCCUGCGUCCCAAAUGGCAUCCUAUUAUUCCCUACAUAAUGCACUAUGGUCAAAAGUAGUGCACUAUAUAGGGAAUGCCAUUUUGGAAACGGUCAGGGAAAGGGCAUACCGGAGUGUAUCCACUCAACCUUGCUCGCCUUUCGUAGCGGUGCUAUAAUUGUCAAAACGGGACGUUGGCUUCAGCUGGCAGGGCUAUUCAAUGCAUCUAUGGGCACUGAGUAGCACAAUGGGCACAACAUGCCCCUCACCAUUAUCUCAAUAAACACCCGAGUUGGUCAGUCCCUUUUCAAUUCCAGUCAUUGAAAUUAACAUUUGGACAUAUUUAUCUUGUUGUUUAUUACCGACUGUCAUGUGGUUGAAAGGGAAUUGAUACUGUGCUUACGUCCAUCCUUGUUUACCCCCGUCCUUUGAUCUCUGUAGAAUCUCCCUUUAUGAUCGUCAUCAAAUGCUGGUAUUCACAAAUGCAGUUUUUUAAAUAAUGAAAUUAACUGGCAUCCAUUUUGUAAAAUAUGUACCUAAUGCAAAACUCAGUGGGUGGUAUUUUGAAAAAGCAAAGAAGUGCCGCUGUUGUCAUAACAAACCGUAUCACUUCAAAUAAAUUGUGUGCAUCGUGUAUAAGCGCUGCUCGUUGCCAGUUUUUUUCCAGGUUGUUUUGAUAAUGAAAGAUUCAAAAAUAAAAUGCUGCUACGAUUAUUAGGAGUAAUACGGUCACUUUCCACACUAGCGGCACUUUUAUGCUUUGACAACGUGAGGCCUGAUGUAUCCAUGAAACCUAGAAUAGUACAAGCACUCCAAAGGCAGCUAUCUCUUGGUAGAGCUCUGUAUAUCAUUGUAAAAAGGAAGGAAAAAAAGAAAAGAAAGUUUACUGAAAUGCUUUAGUUUGUUUGUAGAAAUGUCAUUGUAUUUUAGCUAUUUUAUCUUGUGCAUACUUUUCAAAAGCAAAUAUGAAGAACUACAACUAUGUAUGAAUGUAAAUAUCAAUCCUUGUUGGGUAGUCUGUUUGUAUGUUUAUAUAUGUUGUUUCGCACCAAAUGGCCAUUUCUUUUGUGUUUUUGUACAUUUACUUACAGUAUGUUUUAUGACAAAAUUCUGUCAUUUUAUGAUUUUAUAUGAAUUCACUGGUAAACUGAAAAGGAUGGUAGAUCUUGGUGUUCUGUAUUUUGAUAUUCUACACGUCAAGUCCACCAGCUUUUGAACAGAACAUUUCCUAACAGCAUUCCAAGUUAAUCUAGGCCUGGAUUCAAUCCAAGGUGUGUUAUAGCGCACAUCGCUAUACAUCCAACAAUGUGCCUUUUAAAGGCAUUUUCCUUGACGUUCGCAGAGAUAGCAUUCACAGUGCUUAUGGCAGCCCAAUCGUAAAUUACUGUUUAAAGUCGUACUGGUACUGUGGUACACAAUAACGUGCCUUGCAUUAAAUCCCGGCCCUAGUUAAGGAACAGUAGUUCCUCACAACAACACAAUCACACACAUUCAAUUUUUAUCAGUCAAUAAACUCAUUUCAGUUA